AUGCAAGAAAAGUCGAGAAUGCAGAGCAAGAGAUCAGUGGUUGCUCGUAGAGCUUGGAACGUUCUACGCUUAGCCUUGUUAUGGGCUAGAAAAGGUGGCAUUUUCAAGAACAGGCACCUUGUGGAUCUCCGUUUGCUUCCCAAAUAUAUUAAAAGCCUCCGUCAUACCAAUGAUCACUACAGGGCACUACAUUAUGGAGAGCGUGAGUUUUCCUUUGAUGACACCCCUAUUAUUCACGUUAAAAUGCAUCGCCCUGCUUGCUUGCGUUUCAAGAUGCCAAACAUUCCCUGCAUCAAACCUCAAGUCGAUUUUGACUUUGAUUUUGAUAACGAUAAUGAUUAUGACGAUGAAACGUACCAUCAUAACAAUGACGAUGUUCCAAGGAGAAGUUUCUUGAAGGGUGCAGAUGAUGAUUAUGAUGAAGAGGAGGAUGAGUAUGUAAGCUGCGAGGUGUCUGAGGAUGAGAUCAGUGCUGGUGGUGGCGAUGAAGCAAUUGAUAUGAAGGCUGAGCAGUUUAUUGCAAAGUUCUAUGAGCAAAUAAAGCUGCAAAAAAAAAUGUCAUUUUUACAACACCAUUAG